UUGAGUCUAUACAUCAAUAUCUAUGUAUAAUUAUCUAUAACAGCUCGACGUCUAUGACAGUUGUGGGUGUUUAGUUAAAAAUAUACUACGUAAGCUACGUUAUCAUGAAAUAUAGCUAAUGCUAAAAAUGAUACACAGUAAUUCCAGUGUUGUGAUGGUUAGCAGGAUUUCUUAACAGUAAUAGAAAGUUUAUAGUUGUAUAAAGAAUCUUACUGUCGUUCUGCAUCUACACUAAAUCACCAAAUAUUUAUUUAUUGUGUGACAAGUAAACUUCUGUACGAUAUUACAGAGACUUACCCUGCAGCUAAUGUUUUUUAAUUCAACCCAUUUCUUGACUUUAUCAUCGAAUACACUUCACUGUAAGUCAGAGAUAACAACAACCACAACAAAUAACAGCUCUUUGCACAAGACUUCUACAACAUAAUUGAUGAAGACCGAAGAAAACAGAUCCUUCAAGCACCAAUGGGAUAUACCUGCUGGUAUCCAGGUAUGUACCACCUCACCACUGCAGCUGUCUUCGUGUGAUUAGUUUGUUUUUCUAGGUGGAAAUCAUACACAGCCCAUUUGACCGAGCGAUAGAAGGCAGCUGUCUGACUGCUGAUGAUGGACGACGUGGAGGGAGAGCUGGGACGUCCUGAAGGAGACUUGGAGGAUGACAACAACCUUUCAGACAACAUCUCUUCCAGAAGAAAAAGAAAAUCCAAGUUCUCACCGGGUAUUCCCAUGUGUGGAAAAACAUUGAAGGAAACUGGGUUCCACCAGAGCACCCGGCUCUGUCUGGAGCGCAUCAGAGAGGCAAUGCUGCAUCAUAGAUGGCAGGAGGCAGCAGAAUUUAUGGCGUGUUAUCCCCAAAUAUUAGAAAACACAACUCGCAGCUCUACAAAGCAAUAUAAAGAGGUUAUUUGGAGACUCAGCACUGAGAUCCUUCACCAUCACCCCAACUCAAAGAUGGAGGAUUACAACAACAUCUAUGAACGAAUAAAACACUCAGGAGUAAAACAUUACCUGAUGAUCAGUCUUGAACAUUCCUUCCACAUGCUGCUCAACGGCCACAUUGAAGAUGCAAAGCGUCACCUGUUGGCUGCUGAAAGCUGGAGGUAUGGGAGAGAGUCAACGGACCAGUACCAGAAGGUGAAGCUGAUCCAGGCCUACAGGAGCCUGCUAGAUUACAUCAUCUGGUGUGACAAGAAGUUCAAACUCUCUGGCGGCAACUUUAAUGACCCAGUGGGCAACCAGGAGAUGCAGAACUAUUUCAGACAGGCUUCUGUGAAUCUGAAGGAUAUUCUGAAAAAUCCUGGAGUCUGGGAUCCGUUCAUAUUGAGUUAUGUUGAGAUGCUGGAGUUCUACGAGGAUCACGAUGAGGCUCUGAAUGUCCUGAACGACUACGCCUAUGACAACAACUUUCCUCCUAAUCCCAAUGCACACGUCUUUCUGUACCAGUACCUAAAGCGACACAAUGCUCCGGGGACCAAACUAAUGAAAGCGUUGAAGAUCCUCUGUGUAUCAGUCCCCAGCCAUGAGUUGAUGUUGGAGUACGGCUCUCUCCUGCUUCUGUCAGAGAAAGCCAGUCAUUUGCCCAAAGCUUUAGGGGUCGUUCUGGAAAUGCUGGAUUUCGCCUGCUGGAGGAGCAACCUGGACGUGUGGAAGCAUUUAAAAGCCGUCAUUCAGAAAUUACAGCUACGAGAAGACUGGAGGAAGGUGGUCCUUGAAAAAAUGGCGGGAAGAAAAGACUGGUGGCCGGUUCUCCACUUCAUGAGCUUCCAUGCCAGAAAAGACUCGGAGGAGAACCCAGAGCUGAUGGAGGUGAAGGCAUCACUCAGAGAAGUCCUCUGCCCGGAUAUAACUCUGAAGUACUGUGCUGCAGGGCCGAGCAGCUGAGUGGACCUGAGAGAGGAGCACAGAGAGAAUAUUGAAUUGUCUCGAUUCAGGGACGAGGCUGAAAUCCUUUCAGGAAUCAUCAGAAAACACGAACAAACGUUUCGAUGACGAAGAGGAGUUCUCAAAAAUGUGAAAAUUGUUUUUUGACAAGAUUUAAGCACAUGCUACACAGUCCAGCAUGUGGCGCUGUUGCUCUGUAUAUGUUUGCACUGAGUGUCUGGAGGGUAUGACCACCUGAUCUUGACAGAAACUGAGUGCUGCGCUGAAUCAGUGUUCACGCUCGCUCUCAUGGUUUCUGUAAACAUCCUAAUGAGAGCUGAGUCUCGCUCGGGCCUUCACCGACCUUUGACCGGCGUGUAGGGGUUAAGGUCAUUAGUGAGCGAGCGCCACACCGAGCCUGAGGGAUCCUCUCUCUGUCAACUCCACUGUCACGUCAGAACACUACAAAGACCCUUCAGCGAUAUCAUUUGCAGCAGGGAAAGUCCUGGGGGGGGACCAAUGACAAACGGUUACCGUAAAUAGCUUAAAAAUGCUGUUCUGUAACAAUCAUUUCUCAAUUAAUGUGAGUGGAAAAAGAUAAGCUGGAAUAUUUUUGCACAGAAACACUCUAUCCAUCACUGUCAGGCCCUAAUUUCAGUAAAGAGACUCGUAACGUUUUUAAAGCAACAACAACUAAAAAGGAGAUAUUUUUGUACUGAGAAUGUUUCCAGUGGCUCGACAGGAUCCUCGGCCUUCAGAUGCUGCGCCCUGCUCUCCUCCUUUUGUACUGAACCAUGAAAUAAAUCUCACAUCCAGCAGCAUGCCAAUUUAAUAAGUGAAAGUGUUUGUAAUGAUUCUGUUUCGGCUUCGCUACAUUGUUGGCCAUGCAGCAGCUCACUCAGCCUGCUCUCUCUCUCUCUCUGUGUGUGUGUGUGUUGCUUUGCAGUCAUUACAUAAACCAAAAGCCCAGAGCACUUGCCUGACCACAGCUGCAAAAGGGAUCUGAGAGCACAUAGCACACAUCGUUUGAGGAUUAAAAACCCAGGGAGCAGUGGAGAGGAUCGAGUCAGGAGUCGGUCACUGCAUAGAUCGUGUCCUGCGCUGACCUUUUUUUAAAUAGUUAUUUUUUCAUAGUUUUACAUUUUUGAAAUAAAGCCGGCUCGAUGCACUGUCCUCCUGAUCAGUGGAGCGGCUCUGGAGGGGGCUUGGUUUCUUCCUCAAGGACACUUAGACAGUAAUUUUGUCUCCAUUGAUUCAAAAUGGAGACCCUCCUGCACUCUAACCCACUCUAGCUGUUCCCGCCCAGACUACCACAGAUCCUUGUGGUAGACACCUCUGAGAACAAGGACCUGUCUUGUUCGGGUUCAGAUUUCUCCCAGACAGGAGCAAACGAACCUGGAGAACAGUCCGACCCGAGAGGAAGGUGUGUUCACUUAUACGCAUUACAAUGAAUUAAUAUACAGAAUUAUAUAUCAAAAAUCAUAUAAAAUAAUUUCUACAAAGGCUCAAUACAACCACAUAUCUGCAUGAUUGAUUAUUUUUGGUCUAUU